GCUAUUUAAAUAUUUAGUUGGACUGGUAUCACUGAAAUGGUAGUGCUUGGAAAUUGUUGUCGUGAAGUUUUGCCUCAUGAUAAGACCCGCGCCGUUGAUGUGGUGAACUACCCAGUCUGCGUGUCGAUGGGAUGCGUCAGUGUUUCGAUGCAGGGUUGGUGGAGCGAAAUGUCUGGAGUCUGCUUCAGUGUUUCCGUGUGCUGUAUUGGUGUUUUGCUGAGGGAAUAGCUCGGUCUUUAUGCUCACCAUCUGUUUUCUCUCUUGUUCCAGGACUCGCCGGUGCGGGGGCGGAGCCAUGAGAUCCGCCACGCCCACCUGUACGCCCUGACCACGCCCACACGCCCUCAUGUCGCCCAUCAGCCUCCCUUCUGGCACCUCCCCAGGGCCGCCUCACUCACGUUCGCCCUCCACGCCCACUCCCCUGCCCACGUCCCCCCCUAGCUCCCAUGGGGGACUUUAGUGACACUGGGGGGCAUGCGGGGGGCGGCAGGGGGAUGAGACUCCCCCUGCUGCUCCCACUGUGCCUCCUGCUACUCGUACCACCCCUGCUGCCCGCCGUGACCGCCUGCCCCGCCGAGUGUUCCUGCAAGUCGGAGCUCCCCAGGUCCUCGGCGGCGGCGCGGCGCGGUGGCACCUGGGGCAGCCUGAGGGACGUGGCCGCGCCGCGGCAGGACGUCACCACCAUGGCCCUCAGCUGCCCCCGGGCCGGCCUCAAGGCGCCGCCCGACACCAUGGCGUUGCAAGGCCUCGACCCCGCCUCCGUCAUCAAGCUAGACUUGAGCUUCAACAACCUGACGGAGCUUCUCCCUCGCGCCCUCACCCCGUUUCCUGCACUUCAGACCCUAAUCCUCAGCAGUAACCGGAUUCAAAGGAUAGCACCCGGAGCCUUCCACAGCCUUAAGAUUGAAGUCCUACACUUGGAUGACAACUCCCUCUCGUCCCUGGAGGAAGUGGAUCUGCCGUCGGGUCUUCGUGAACUCUCCCUCGAGAAGAACUCCCUCGCCACCCUGCCCCCCUCCCUCACCUCCCUCAACGGACUGCAGACGCUGAACAUCGCAAGCAACAGGCUGUCGGCGCUGAAGGACGGUGAUCUGCGUGGCCUGCACAACCUGCUGAUCCUGUCACUGCACCACAACAACAUCAGCACCGUGGAGGACAAAGCCUUCAUCAGAAUGAAAAACCUCGAGAUCCUAAACCUGGAGCAGAACCGCCUCAGCAAGAUGCCGCCGGUGGUUCCUCACUGCCCAAAACUCCGACAACUGCUCCUGGGCCACAACCGGCUGUCCUAUGUUUCGGAAAAGGCGCUGGCGGGGCUGAAGCGGCUCCAAGAGGUUACCCUUCAAUUCAACCCAAUUCGUACGGUCCAUCACCGAGCCUUCUCCAACCUGACGGCCCUCACCAAGCUGAUCCUGAAGGAGUCUAAGGAGCUGCAGGAGUUCCCGGAUCUGAACGGCACUCACAGCCUGGAGGACUUGAGGAUAGACCGCUCCUCCCUCACAGCAGUGCCUGAAGACCUGUGCACCACCACGCCCCUCCUCCGCAGCUUGAACCUUCAGAGGAACCGCAUCGGGGAGCAGCCUUACCUCAGCGGCUGCAGGCACCUUCGUCUCGUCGACCUGAGCCACAACAACAUCAGUGUGCUGCGUCCUGGGGGCUUCGUUGGCCUCUCCCACCUCCAAGACCUUCUCCUCCAGGGCAACGUCGUCACAGCCAUCCAGAAUAGAACAUUCGUGGGCCUCGAGAGACUGCAGAUGCUGCAGCUGGAGGGGAACCUGAUUACCAGCAUCCAUCCGGAGGCCUUCGUGCCGCUGCACAACCUCGAGGAAGUCAACCUCGGCAACAACAGCUUCCCGGAGUUGCCUCACCGCGGGCUGGAGAAAGUCGUGUCCAUCAAGGUACACAACAACCGCUUCCUCCGCGAGUUCCCCGGGCCCGAGCACUUCCCGAUGGUCCGCCGCCUCACCCUCUCCUACGCCUACCACUGCUGCCCCUUCCUCAAGCUUCGGGAAACGACGGAGGAGCCAGAGAUCAUCGAGGAUGUGGUGUUCAACGUGGAGGGCCUCAACAACCUCGACCCAACCAUCUGGAACGUGUCGAGUGUCUGGCCAGAUCUCGGUGCAGGAAUGAACAAAAACUUUGCGGCCAUUUGGGCUAACUUGGCUGCUGACUUCCCUUCAGCCAAUACCGAGAUGGUUGCCACCCCGCUAGACCUGGAAGAGGCCACCACCACCACCGCCACCACCUACCCCUCUCUGCCCCGCCACCAGGUCCACUGCAGACCCGAGCCAGGACCCUUCAUGCCAUGCGAGGACCUCUUCGACUGGUGGACGCUCCGCUGCGGGGUCUGGAUCGUGUUCCUGCUGGCGUUGCUGGGGAACGGCACGGUGGUGGUGGUGCUCAUAUUCGCCAGGUCCAAGAUGGAUGUCCCAAGGUUUCUGGUCACCAACCUUGCCUUCGCGGACUUCUUCAUGGGUCUGUACCUCGGGUUCCUGGCUGUGGUGGACGCCUCCACGCUCGGCGAGUUCCGCAUGUACGCCAUCCCGUGGCAGACGUCGGCGGGGUGCCAGGUGGCGGGCUUCCUCGGGGUGCUGAGCUGCGAGCUGUCGGUGUACACGCUCACCGUCAUCACAAUGGAGAGGAACUACGCCAUCACGCACGCCAUGCACCUUAACAAGCGGCUGUCGCUGCGCCACGCCGCCUACAUCAUGGUGCUCGGCUGGCUCUUUGCCUCCACUCUCGCUGUAUUGCCUCUCAUCGGCGUCUCGGACUACCGAAAGUUCGCCGUCUGUCUCCCCAUCGAGACGAAGGGCGCCGGGCUGGGCUACGUUGUGUUUCUCAUGUUUAUCAACGGCGUGGCGUUCCUCAUCUUGAUGGGCUGCUACCUCAAGAUCUACUGCGCCAUCCGCGGCUCGCAAGCCUGGAAUAGCAACGACUCGCGCAUCGCCAAGCGGAUGGCGCUGCUCGUCUUCACUGACUUCAUCUGUUGGGCGCCCAUCGCCUUCUUCUCUCUCACCGCCGCUUUUGGCUUACACUUGAUAUCACUGAAAGAGGCCAAAGUGUUCACUGUGUUUAUCCUUCCGUUCAAUUCUUGUUGUAACCCUUUUCUAUACGCCCUGUUAACCAAACAGUUUAAAAAAGACUGUGUUUUGCUGUGUAAAACUAUAGAAGAAUCUAGAGUCACAAGAGGCAUCGGACGUUGCCGCCAUUCUUCAAAUUUUAGUAACCGCCAGACUCCGGCCAACACCAACAGCGCGCUGGAUAACUCCACGCGUCCGGACAACCAGUCGUGUCGGUGCCAAAGCAAGACACAAGAAUCUCAAAAGCUCCACCACCGCUUGCGAAUAUCGGCACUCAAGUACAUAUUUUGCCACAAGGAUGCGGAAGAGAUGAACUCUACCAGUGAUUUCAGCUACCAGCAGGCGAAGAGUGCAGUGAAGUCUAAACGGCACCCUUCCGUCUCAAGUGAGACGUACAGUUCUUCCUGGUCGGAUACGUGGCGUCGAGGUCAAGCAGUCAUGUCAAUGCGGCUUGACCGUCGGCUCCACAACUCCUGGUACCUUUCUCGCAAGCCUUCUCAGGAGAGCAACCUCUCCUCAUCGCGCAAUGAUUCAUCUGCCACCACCGCCUCCACAUCUACGUGGCGCAUAUCACGGUCAUCAGUGUCUUCCGAUAUUUCAAGCAGUGGAUCACGCGGGAUGGGCAAAACAGACGCGGCCCCGGUCCUGCGUCUAGGCUCCAUCAGGGACCGGCGGGGAGAAGGCACGACGCAUAUUCCAGCACGACAAAUCACCCACCAUCAAGCACUGCUGGUGAGGCAGAAGCCUGGCGCAUCCGGCCAUCGAUCAGGAACCACCACCUCGGCAGUCCGAAUCAAACCUAGAUUACAAAGACAAACUGCAGUAGAACGUGAAACUUACAUACCCAACAAAAACGGAGGGAACCCGUGUGACAUUCCAUGCCCCCUGCACCCGCGCUCUGACAACCUGUCGUGUGUGUACGAACAGGACAGUUACGAGGAGGAGGAGCACGAAAUCCAGAAGGAUUACUUGAGUCCUCGCUGCCCAAUGACGGGACUCACGGUUACUUUCAUCCCACGCAAGCUGAGCACCAUCUCCUCACACUCGGUCAGUGUCGUGAAGGACGCAGACAAUGAGGAGUCUGUCCCAGCCGCGGGCGUGGAGGGUCAUUCACCCGGCUGUCCAGGCUCCUCGUCUGCAGCUCCCAAAAGUAGCCUGCCUCGAGGGGGAAAGUGCGUGAGCCUGACCCUCCUGCCUCAGUCCUCUGUGCAGGCGAGUCCUUGCCGCUUCCCCUCCGACGGCCACCUGCCUCGCUCCCCCCCACACACAGAGCUCCUCUAUUUCACCAACCUCGCCACUCCGGCACUCAUGAUCUCCCGCAGCGACCAGAAGGUUUGCCCCCACGUUGACUGUGAUGAGGAUGAUGAAAACCAGUACGGGCAGGCCAUCAUCAGCAUCCACCAGCCGGACGACGCUCAGCCCUCAGACCACGACGAGUGCACGGAGUCUGCCGCUCUCAUGCACGACGACGGCUGCGACGGCGAUGACGAAGUGUUUGAGGAGGAAACGGAACCCCGCAGAAAACCCUUAGAAACACACUUCCCUGUAGAAGAGCAUCCGGGGGAAACGCGCCCAUUGAUAUGAUGACGCACUCCGGCCAGUUAUCAGAGGCAGCGAGCGGCGUGGUGGCCCUCCACACUGUCUGACAAGUUUUCUUCCUGGUUCUCACUGCUCCAAGCCGGACCUUGGGUUGUGAUGUCCGCGGUGACCUAACUCUUUAUCUCUGGCAGUCGCCAACUCCUUCCCGUUGCUCCUGCCACCACACGCCACUAGUUCGUCUCCACAGAGGAAGAGAAGCUGUGGGAGAGCCUUGUUGCUGAUAAAUGUACACUGGGACUUAUAGGUCAAGGCAGAGGAAGCCGUCUGUCGAUGGAAAUGGGACCAGAAUCAUGUAGACAUCAACUUGAUAGUAUUAUUUGUGCGUUAGUUGGAGUUUCUUAAUCUGUACUAAUCAUUUUUCCGACUGUGCCACGAGUAGCUCGAGGCAGCCUCUCAGCGUGUUGUGAGUCAGUGGCCUGCAGCGCGUCGCCGGAGACCAUGUCCUUAGGUCCUGGACUUUGUGUUUCUUAAGUUUUAGCGGAAAGGCGUGUGUGAACCCGUGAUGCAUGCAACCCAACGAGUACAUGACAAAGGUGCCAGCCAUCGUUUCCAAUUGGACCCCGUCAGGUGAAGGGACGGUCAGUGUUGUUUUGACUUCCUGUUCGUUCCCUCGCUCCCUUCAUCAGCGGGAGGUGGCGGAGUGAAUCAAGAAAACCUCGCUACAGAACAGGACACUGAUUAUACUGGAAAAAAAGCAGCGGUACCUAGAACACUACAGUACAAAUAAGUUAUCCAGAGUGAUUUUUUUUUCUUCAAAUUUCUUAGUGCUACAUUUUUUUACGAAACCCAGAUGCAGUUACGUUUAUUUACAAAUGAGUUACGUUCUCCAGAUGACGUUUCUUCUCCUACACUAACCCAGCAAUCGGACGCACCCACUUCCUCCACAGAAACUAAUGAAGCACAGUUUUUUUGUGUCCUGGCGGGAGGUGAACCAACAACACGAAACUUUCUUUCCAUACUCCCACAAUAACAUCGGAAGUAAGCCCCGCCACGCCGCCUACCAACCACCAAUAGGAUUUAACCUUACCCGGCAUCCACCAAUCACAUGCAGCUUGAGAUGGAGGAGGGGAGAGACUUGCCUGUGGAUUGGCUGAUGAUAAACGUGCGAUGGGGUAGGGGGAGGGAUUAUUUUCCUAGUUAAUAUGAAGAGAGUUUUCAUGACACGCGGGCUAAGGGUUUAAGUUAUCCCCUUCUCGCAGUCGAUAGAGAAAGGGAGAGUCAUGUCCAGGUUCCUUCAGUAAUGCAACGGCAAGGAAAUAAACGAAGAGCGAGUCACGGCAUGGAAUAGUGACCCUGAUGAAACGGAUGAAGGGGAGCACUUUGUCAGAGAGUUCAGGGGAUAGAUCAACACGCCACUUGAUGCCAUACAAGAAGUACACGGCAAAGAUGUGGAAGGGAAAGGAAAAUAAUAAACAAGAACAUUAUUACGUCCAAGCCAAAGAUAUUUUUUUCUUCCUUCGUGCUAACCAUUUCAUUUCCUGUUUUUGUGUAUAAAUAGCUGUAAUACGGAGUGACUGUGAGUAGUAGUGAUAGACUAUUUAUAUUCACUACGCUGCUUUUUAUUUACUACUAAUGUGUUCUGGUGAAGUGAGUGUUUUGUAGCCACGUUCACCGGGACGUUCUCUUUCUGAGCCUCUUUACCUUGAGCUUACGCCACGCCGAGAUGGAAAACGUGAAAUAAAAUCCCUAAAACACGUCACUGAAAGCACGGCUGAUUCAAUGGUAACGACAUGGGAGGAAAAAAAAUAAAGUCGGUAUUCUCAGACACAUCCGCCUCCACCAUCAACUAUUUCCAAAGGCUGAAGAGGAAAUCAAUCGGGUUCAUAUGAGGAUUUUUGUAAGUUCAUGGCGCGUAAGAAUGAUCAACUACCAGAAGGGUCAUUAAACUACCUUUGGAAAUGCCCACAGCUCCUACGAAAGCCUUAGUAAAUGUGUGUGCUUCUGCGCGGAGACGUUUAAGAAUACCGCCUUAAGGGGACCUUCCGUUAAAGCUGAGGGUCCCCUUAAGGUUUCAGGGGGACAACUCGUGUAGUGUGCGUGUCGUAAGCUUGACAGAGGCGUAAUACCUACAUGACGCAGGCCUCCCGUAUAACCUCUAGGAUCUUGACUGUGUUUCUGUGUUGCUCGAAUGUUGAGAGAGAGAGAGCGAGAGAGAGUAUGUUAUGGGUUGCCUCAAAUUAUUGCCAGAAGUGAAACCUUUGGUGUGUGUGUGUGUGUGUGUGUGUGUGUGUGUGUGUGUGUGUGUGUGUGUGUUUAUUAAUGUCUAAAUCCACGUGGAGGUGUGGAUUAUAAUGGGUUAGUGAAGAAUAAAAUAUACUAUAAAUGUGGUGUUACGAGGACGAGGGCAAGGGAAGCGAGGGAAGAGAUGGGCUUAGGGGGAAGGGGAGUGUGAUGGAGGAGUGGGGAAAGGAGAGGAAGGGGAAAGAAAGGGAGUGAGGGAAGGAGAGGAAGGGAGUGGGAGAGAGGGGGAAGGAGAGGGAGGGAGUGCGGGGAGAGAGGGGGAAGGAGUGAGAGGAAAAGGGGGAAGGAGAGGGCGAGGGAGUGAUGGGGGGGAGGAAAGGGAGGAAGAGAAAGGGGGGUGCAGUGUCGGCCUCCGGAAAAUAAUGUCAUAAAUCAUUGCGAACUAUCGCUUCGAGAAUCUUUAUUUUUUACUAAGACUUAGGAUAGGAGAGUCGAUCCUGCAUUUGUGUCCAUUUAGAAAUUUAAGACGUUUCAAUAAACUUGCAUUGUGUACUAAACUCUCCUGUGUAGCAGUACUUAAUAAAGAAGCUGUUUAUUCCUUGCCUUCGGGGUUUGUCUCCUCGAGUGGGAGUUCGUUGUUUCGAAGUAAAUCAAGAAAAUAUAUGUCGAAAAAAAAGAAGGGAAAGACACUGUAAUGAUGAAUGUGCAAGAAUAUUAAUUGUAAAUGUCUAAACGGC